GUUCCAUUUUCCAACAAGCCUACAAUGAUUACGAUCCAACCAGGAGAACACAACCCAACGGAUUUAUCCGCCAUCUCCCGGUCUCCUCUCCCGUACCAAACGCACGCAAUCACUGGUGAUCCUAGUCUAUCCUCGAUAACAUCCUUAUCCAAGCCAACAAACUUGAUGGUCGCCUCGCCAAUCCACUCCUCAUCAGUAGAUCAUCAGUAUAUAAUCCCGCCCCGUUGAUCCGCAGCAGAUUCGUUUGUCCUCUCCCUUUGCAUCCCUUGCUCCUUCUACUUGAGCGAAUUCUGCGGGGAAAGGGGAGAGAGGCGGCAGCCAUGGCGGGGCGAGGCUCCCUCCCGGAGGGCUCACUCUUCCUCGGAUUCGACAGCUCCACUCAGUCACUGAAAGCUACUGUGCUCAACAAUGAAUUAGUAAUAGUAGCUUCUGAAUUUGUUAAUUUUGAUUCUGAAUUGCCGCACUACAAGACUGAAGGUGGGGUGUACAGAGAUCCCACAGAUGAUGGGCACAUAUUUUCGCCAACCAUUAUGUGGGUGGAAGCUUUGGAGUUGCUGCUCAAGAAACUAAAACCAAAGAUAAACUUUAGUAAGGUUGUGGCCGUCUCAGGGAGCGGGCAGCAACAUGGUAGUGUUUAUUGGAAGAAGGGCAGUCAUGCCGUGCUGUCCUCUUUGAAUCCUAGUAAGAGCUUGUUACUGCAGCUGAAGGACGCCUUUUCUACGAUGGACUCACCAAUAUGGAUGGACAGUAGCACAACUAAGCAAUGCAGAGAAAUAGAGAAUGCAGUUGGAGGUGCGUUGGAGUUAGCAAAACUGACAGGAUCUCGUGCCUACGAGAGAUUCACUGGUCCCCAGAUACGAAAGAUAUAUCAAACAAAGCCUGCUAUUUAUGAAGAUACCGAGAGAAUUUCUUUGGUGAGCUCGUUCAUGGCAUCAAUCCUUGUUGGAAGCUAUGCAGGUAUUGACGAAACUGAUGGUGCUGGGAUGAACUUGAUGGAUGUAAACCAGAGGACCUGGUCAAAGACUGUUUUAGAGGCAACUGCACCUGGACUUGAAGCGAAGCUUGGAAAUCUAGCACCAGCGUAUUCAGUUGCUGGACAAAUUGCUCCUUAUUUUGUAGAAAGGUUUCUGUUUGAUAAGAACUGUUUGGUCAUUCAGUGGUCUGGAGACAAUCCUAAUAGCCUUGCAGGUUUAACUCUGAAUACUCCUGGCGAUCUUGCCAUUAGCCUUGGUACUAGCGAUACAGUAUUUGGGAUAACAGCAGAAGCUAAACCAAGUUUGGAAGGGCAUGUUUUCCCCAACCCUGUUGAACCUAAUGGUUACAUGGUGAUGCUAUGCUACAAAAAUGGCUCCUUGACCCGAGAAGAUGUGAGGAAUCGAUGUGCAGAGAAGUCAUGGGAUGUUUUCAACAACUACCUAGAGAAAACACCCCCUCUAAAUGGUGGAAAGUUAGGAUUCUACUACAAAGACCAUGAAAUCCUGCCACCACUUCCAGUGGGCUUCCAUCGAUACAUUGUCGAAAACUUCAAUGAUGUCUCGUCGGACAAUCUUAUGGAGCGUGAAGUGGAUGAAUUUGAUCCACCAUCCGAGGUCCGUGCCAUUAUUGAAGGUCAAAUGUUGUCGAUGCGAGGUCAUGCUGAGAGAUUUGGCAUGCCUAACCCUCCCAAUCGGAUCAUAGCAACCGGUGGGGCAUCCUCCAACGAAAGCAUCCUCAAGUCCAUUGCUCAAAUUUUUGGUUGUCCUGUCUUAACAGUUCAAAGACCUGAUUCAGCUUCGCUUGGGGCGGCUCUGAGAGCCGCCCACGGGUGGCUGUGCAACGCGGAAGGAAGCUUCGUUCCCAUCUCUUGCUUGUACAAGGGCAACCUGGAGAAGACCUCCCUUGGUUCGAAGCUUGCAGUCCCAGCCGGAGACGAGGAGGACAGGGAGCUCCUCAGUAAGUACACGGUGCUCAUGAGGAAGAGGAUGGAGAUUGAGAGACGCCUGGUGGAGAAGAUUGGGCGAGCGUAGGAAAAUAGUAAAGCAUUGUUGCAGCUGUCAGAACUCUGGAAUAAUUGUGAAUAACCGCGAUUUCACCUCUUACGUCAACUGGAAUUUUACAAACCUGGGCCGGCAAAGCAAAUCUUGGUAAUAACUGGCUGAGAGCCAGUGCAUUGUGGCGACAUAAACUCGGAGAGUAUUUCCAUUUCGCAAGGCGUAAAGAAUCUACGUUGAAGUACAUUGUGGAUUCGUCGAAAUGAAAGAUUUGUAUGGAAAUUGUGUUUA